AUGUUUUCAAUGUAUCUUGAAAGUCAGUCCCGAAUAUCGUUCAUUGAACUAUGUAUCGAGUUCGAGCAAUCUGCAGCGGACCGAGAUAUUGAGUCGAAAGAUUACAACAGUGAUAGUGAAGAAGAGUUUGAAAGCAACUACGAGGUCGUUGAUCCGGGUGUAGACGAAGAUCAAGUUGAUGAUGCUAUGGUGGCAGAUGUGGCGGAUGUGGCAAAUGCACUAGCAAACCAGCAGCCGUUUGUGGAGCCGACUCAUGCAUGCACUGGAGUUUCCUCAAUAUUAAAGCUUCCUGUUAUGACGGAUGGUGAGUUUACCGUGGGAAUGGAAUUCAGUUCUAGGGAGGCAGUGAUUAAGACGUUGAAAGAUUAUACCAUCCGUAGAGGUGUAAAUUAUCGAGUGCAUGAGUUAAAACCGACGGCAUUCUAUGCUAAAUGCACCCAGUAUGGCACAGGCUGUGAUUGGUUGAUCAAGGUAAGCAAAAUGUCCAAGAAGUACCGCUGGGAGAUAAAGAGGUACAAUAGUAGUCACACCUGUACGAAGGUUACCAUUUCUCAAGAUCAUUCGAAGUUGGAUUCCAGCACAAUUGCAGAAACAAUAAAGCCAUUGGUAGAAGUUGACCCAUCUAUAAAGGUGAAAUUAGUGAUUGCGGAAGUACAGUCGAAGUUUAACUACACCAUAAGUUAUUACAAAGCAUGGUUGGCAAAACAAAAGGCAGUGGAGUCAAUUUUUGGAGGUUGGGAAGUUUCGUAUGAAACUUUGCUGAUAUUUGAGGCCAUGUGUCACAAGGAGCCAUCCGUAGUUGUUCAUUUUGAAACAAUGCCUGUGUAUCAGGGGGAUGACUUGGUUCCUAAUAUUCGUGUACUACACCGAGUCUUCUGGAGUUAUUACCCUUGUAUUAGAGCAUUCAAACAUUACAAGCCAAUAGUACAGGUAGACGGAAGUCAUUUGUAUGGAAAAUAUAAGGGUUGUUUGUUGGUUACAGUUUCACAGGAUGGCAACAACAACAUCGUGCCUAUUGCAUUUGCGAUAGUUGAGGGAGAGACAUCUGAUGCUUGA